CUCCACUUCGUCUCUUGCUCAAGUAGCAAGCCACUGACAGCAACAGCCACACACAGACAAAAGAGAGAGAGAGAGAUCGGAGAACACACAGAUCCGUCCUCUGUAGAUCGCCUACACAGUGUCAGAAAUAGAGCUGAGUUUAAGGCAGGUACGUACAAAGCGUCUGCAUGAGACCCUGGGCGGUGCACUAAUAUACAAUCUAAGAGAGGAUACAGGUUGAUUGACUAACAUCAAGAAGGAAAACGUGACGACAACAAAAAGGAAAGAAGAAAAAGAGGAAGAAGAGACCGAGAUGUACACUGAAAUGGCCUAUCUAUUAACGGUGUGCCCCUAAACCAAUCAUAAAACCUACUCUACUGUGCUAGGAUGUAAGAUCAAUGGAGUGAGACUGGAGAGAAUUACAUCCAUCCGAAGAAGACAGAAAAGGGAUUUUGAGAUACUCGUGCGACUACUUCACAAGACAGGAUAUGAAGAAACAGAGCAUGCUUCAUCUUUGAGACAAUUUAUUUUUCAAAAUUCAACUAAACCCUUGGUUCUCCUGUCACAUGAACUUAAGAGAUAAGUGAGAGACUGAUAUUAAUAACGGACUGAAAGUCUACAUCACAGUGAAUCUGCAUUAAAUUAUAUCAGUUUAAUUAUGAAAAUGGGACAGAUUGCAAUAUUUCUUCUGCACACGCAUCUGCUGCUUGGAGUCGGAAGCUCCCUGGUCAUUCAGUCCAUGCCCUGGAGAGUGCCCUGCCCUCACCAGUGUGUCUGCCAAAUCAAGCCCUGGUACUCUCCCCAGUCUGUGUACAGAGAGGCUCCUACAGUAGACUGCAAUGACCUGCUACUUAUCCAGCUGCCCACUUCCCUCCCUCAAGAGACACAAACCCUCCGGCUGCAAAGUAACCUCAUCAGUUCUGUCGACCAGAGUGAACUCCAGGGUCUUGUCAAUCUGACAGAGUUGGAUCUCUCCCAUAACAGCUUUACCAGUACCCGGACCCUGAGGAUAACUGACCUGCCAGCUCUUCUCAGCCUACACAUGGAGGAAAACCAGCUGAGACACCUCCCAGAAGCAGCUUUCUUUGGUCUCCCUAGCUUGCAGGAGUUGUACCUCAAUCACAACAGGCUUCGAAGCAUCUCCCCUGGGGCCUUCAAGGGUCUGGAUAAACUUCUAAGGCUUCAUCUCAACUCUAAUCGAUUGGUUGUAAUUGACCGGCGUUGGUUCCAUGCUUUGCCACAAUUGGAGGUUCUCAUGAUUGGUGGAAACCCUGUGGACACUAUUCAGGACCUACAUUUUAAACCGCUGAGCUCUUUGCGCAGUCUAGUCCUGGCAGGCAUGGGCUUGCGUGAGAUCUCAGAGCGAGCGCUAGAAGGGCUUCAAAAUUUGGAAAGCAUUAGCUUUUAUGAUAACCAUCUAAUAAAAGUUCCAAAAGAGGCAUUGCAAAAGUUGCCGGGUCUGAAGUUCCUUGACUUGAACAAGAAUCCCAUUCAGCUAGUGCAGAGGGGAGACUUUCAAAAUAUGCUUCACCUGAAAGAGCUUGGCUUAAACAACAUGGAAGAGCUGAUCUCUAUUGAGCACUCAGCAAUGGAAAAUUUGCCUGAACUGACCAAACUGGAGAUCACAAACAAUCCACGGCUCUCCUAUAUCCACCCUCAGGCCUUCCAAAAGUUGUCAAGUAUGGAAAGUCUAAUGCUGAACAGUAAUGCCUUGAGUGCCCUGCAUAGCCAGACAGUAAGGUCGCUGCCCAGACUUCAAGAAAUCAGCUUGCACACCAAUCCUAUUCGCUGUGACUGCCUGAUCCGCUGGGUGGGAGCCGACAAUGACAAGCCGGUCCGUUUCAUUGAGCCUCAAUCCACAUUCUGCUCUGAGCCUCCUGAGCUUAAAGCCCGACGAGUUAAAGAAGUCUCAUUCAGAGAGAUGGCAGACAGCUGCCUACCCUUGAUUGCCCCAAGCACAUUCCCCUCUAACAUUGAAGUCAAACAUGGAGACAACAUAGCCUUGCACUGUCGGGCACUGGCAGAGCCAGAGCCAAGUAUCUACUGGGUCAUUCCCCAAGGUGUGAGAUUGACUCCAUCCAGCAGCUACGGGCGUUAUCAGGUUCUCACAGAAGGCACGUUAGAGAUUUUUGGAGUCACUGCUGAAGAGGCCGGAUUCUACACUUGUGUCGCACAGAACCUAGUGGGAGCUGAUACUAGAAGCUUGACUCUACAGGUGGAGGGAGGUGACCUGCUUCUUGCAAGUACUCAAAAGACAAUGGACAGCUUUGUAGUUCGAGAAGUCAAAGAAAGGUAUGCCUUACUAACCUGGCAAGCAAGCCGUAACGUCCCUACUGCACAUUUAUCAUGGGUGUCCAAUGGCAGUCUGGAUGCCCAUCAUAGGCACAGCACUCGAAUUCUAGCUGGCACCAGGAAAUUCAACCUAACCCAUCUGCAACCAGGCACUCAUUACAAAGUUUGUCUACACAUGGGGCCAAAUGACACCUCGUGUGUCCGUCUAAGGACCAAGGACGUGUCCAUGCCAGAUCCUUUACCAGACCUGACCCCAGCAGUCCUGCUGGCAGUUUCAGCUCUGCUCCUUUUAUUUGCGGCCAGAGCAUGUCAUGGGGGAGCCUCAUUCGGUUGGAAAGACCACAUGCCGGAGCUUGAGAAACCCCACACCACCAUUCUGACCCAGGAGGCGAAGGCUUUCAUGACUCCUCCAAUACUAGUAAAGUACCUGAAUCAGCAGGAUCCAGACAAAGUCCUAUCAGACGGCAGAGGGAAAGACCUCAGAAAUGCUUCACUGGGGCAAGAUGCUCGGGGGCUAUCAAAAGAGGCAUGCUGAGCAGAAUAAAGAGUUCAAGAAGGAUGGACAAGAAAAAAAAUCCCUGGAGUAUAAAUUUCACAAAGCUCACUUUACCGAUCUGACAGUCAAAACUACUGAACGUCUGAAACAUACAAAACUAGACAUUUAAGUGGCAGACCCGCUUCACAUAACAGCGACCUGGUUUCAAAGUAUAGCAUAAAAAAAAAAAAUGAUGUUUGUAUUUAUUUUGUAACAAAAAAAAGAUACAU